AUGGAGGAGACCAGCUUGAGAAAAAGGAGAGAGGAUGAGAAGUCUGUCCAGAGUAAUGAACCCAAGAGCACAACUCUCCAGAAGGAGGUGGGCCUGAUCAGUGGCAUCUGCAUCAUCGUGGGCACCAUCAUCGGCUCGGGGAUCUUCAUUUCCCCCAAGUCUGUGCUCCGCAACACGGAAGCCGUGGGGCCCUGUCUCAUCAUAUGGACGGCUUGUGGGAUCCUUGCAACACUGGGCGCCCUGUGCUUUGCGGAGCUCGGUACGAUGAUCACGAAGUCGGGGGCCGAGUACCCUUACCUGAUGGAAGCCUUCGGGCCCAUUCCUGCCUAUCUCUUUUCCUGGACCAGCCUGUUCGUCAUAAAGCCCUCGUCCUUUGCCAUCAUCUGUCUCAGCUUUUCUGAGUACGUUGCUGCGCCUUUCUACUCAGGCUGCGAGCCUCCUCAGGUUGUCGUGAAGUUCCUGGCCGCUGCUGCCAUCUUGCUCAUCACCACGGUGAACUCGCUGAGCGUGCGGCUGGGCAGCUACGUCCAGAACGUGUUCACAGCGGCCAAGCUGGUGAUCGUGGCCAUCAUCAUCAUCAGUGGACUUGUCCUCCUGGCCCAAGGGAAUACAAGGAAUUUUGAAAAUUCUUUUGAGGGCACAAAACUGUCUGUGGGAGCCAUCAGUCUGGCAUUUUAUAAUGGACUCUGGGCGUACGACGGCUGGAAUCAGCUCAAUUAUAUUACAGAAGAACUUAGAAACCCUUUCAGAAACCUGCCCCUGGCCAUCAUCAUCGGGAUCCUGCUGGUGACAGGGUGCUACAUCCUCACGAACAUUUCCUACUUCACUGUGAUGACCGCGACCGAGCUCCUGCAGUCCCAGGCUGUGGCCGUGACCUUUGGUGACCGCGUUCUCUAUCCAGCCUCCUGGGUCGUCCCGCUCUUCGUGGCCUUUUCAACCAUCGGUGCUGCCAACGGGACCUGCUUCACGUCGGGCAGGCUUGUGUAUGUUGCGGGCCGGGAAGGCCACAUGCUGAAAGUGCUGUCUUACAUCAGCGUCAAGCGCCUGACGCCGGCCCCUGCCAUCAUCUUUUAUGGUAUCGUAGCGACUAUUUAUAUCAUCCCUGGUGACAUAAACUCUUUAGUCAAUUACUUCAGCUUCGCAGCGUGGCUGUUUUAUGGCCUGACGACUCUAGGACUGAUUGUGAUGAGGUUUACGAGGAAAGAACUGGAAAGGCCUAUCAAGGUGCCCAUUGUCAUCCCCAUCUUCGUGACUCUCGUGGCUGUGUUUUUGGUGUUGGCCCCAAUCGUCACAGAACCCGCAUGGGAGUACCUCUACUGUGUGUUAUUUAUGCUGAGCGGCCUUAUAUUUUACUUCCUUUUUGUCCACUAUAAGUUUGGCUGGGCUCAGAAAAUCUCAAAGCCCAUCACCAUGCACCUUCAGAUGCUGAUGGAAGUUGUCCCACCAGAGGAAGCUCCGGAGUAACAA